CUGUCAUUUCUCUUGUGAGGCCCUCAGACGAUUGUCUGCACUCAUAAGGUCUGGCGAUAGUAAGUGCAGUGUUGUAACCUGCACAAUAUAGGAAAGAGAACUAGUGCAUCCAUUUUCAUCCCAAAAGAUGUAAGAUCCUGUGAGGACGCGCGGUGGCGCUGCAGGAUAAGAAGGUACAAACUGGAACCACAGCUGCGCCUCCAUUACCAGGCAAAACUUAACGGCAGAGCCUGGAAGCCCACGACAAGCUUGGGUGCCACAGAAGGACGACCGGGUCCUCUAAAAAGGACUACUCAGAGGAAUAUUCUGAGGUAUCUUGUGGAAUUAUCACAGCUCAGACACUGAAUUCUUUACAGCUCAGCGGAACCAGCUGAGAUUGUACCAAAUAAGAACAAUGGAGGCCAGCAGGAAGCUCAUUUGCAGACAAAGGCAAGUCCUUUUCUUCUUUUUCUUCUUGGGCUUAUCUCAGGCGGGCACUGAACCUAGGCGCUAUUCUGUGGUGGAGGAAACUGAGGGGAGCUCGUUUGUAACCAGUUUAGCAAAGGACCUGGGUCUGGAGCAGGGGGAACUCUCCAAGCGGGGGCCUAGGGUCAUUUCCAAAGGGAACAAACUGCAUUUGCAGCUCGAUCAGGAGACCGGGGACUUGUCGCUAAAUGAGAAACUGGACCGCGAGGAAUUGUGCGGUCACACAGAGCCCUGUGUGCUGCGUUUCCAGGUGUUGCUAGAGAAUCCCUUAGAGUUUUUUCAAGCUGAGCUACAAGUAAUAGACAUAAAUGACCACGCUCCGGUGUUCAUGGACAGAGAGAUGUUGCUGAAAAUAUCAGAGAGCAGUCCGCCUGGGACUGCAUUUCCUUUGAAGAACGCUCAGGACAUGGAUGUAGGACGAAAUAAUAUUGAGAGCUAUAUAAUCAGCCCCAACUCCUAUUUUGGAGUCCAUACCCGCCAACGCAGCGAUGGCAGUAAAUAUCCCGAGCUGGUGCUGGACAAAGUGCUGGAUCGCGAGUCGGAACCUGAGCUCAGGUUAACCCUCAGCGCUCAGGAUGGCGGCUCUCCACCACGUUCUGGCACCGCUCAGGUCUACAUUGAAGUCGUGGACAUCAACGAUAAUGCUCCCAAAUUUGAGCAGCCUUUCUAUAGGGUGCAGAUCCCUGAGGACAGUCCCACAGGCUUCCUGGUUGUCACGGUCUCUGCUACCGAUAUAGACAUAGGAGUCAACGGAGAGAUUUCCUAUUCGCUUUUCCAGGCUUCAGAAGAGAUGAGCAAAACCUUUGAGAUCAAUCCCAUGACAGGAGACAUUCGAUUGAAAAAACAUCUUGAUUUCGAAACAAUUCAGUCCUAUGAGAUCAAUAUUGAGGCCAGAGAUACUGGAAGCUUGUCUGGAAAAUGCACGGUUCUGACUCAAGUUUUGGAUGUGAACGACAAUGCCCCAGAAGUAACCAUGUCCGCACUUACCAGACAGAUCCCUGAGAACUCACCUGAGACUGUGGUUGCAGUUUUCAGUGUUUCGGAUCUUGAUUCAGAAGAAAACGGGAAAAUAAGUUGCUCCAUCCAAGACGAUCUACCCUUUUCCCUAAAAUCUUCCUUGGAAAACUUUUACACCCUAGUAACAGAGAAGCCACUGGACAGAGAGGCCAGAGCCGAGUACAACAUCACCAUCACCGUCACCGACUUGGGGACACCCAGACUGAAAACCGAGCACAACAUUACCGUACUGGUCUCCGACGUCAACGACAACGCCCCGGCCUUCACCCAAACCUCCUACACGCUGUUCGUCCGCGAGAACAACAGCCCCGCCCUGCACAUCGGCAGCGUCAGCGCCACAGACAGAGACGCGGGCGCCAACGCCCAGGUCACCUACUCGCUGCUGCCGCCCCAGGACCCGCAGCUGCCCCUGGCCUCCCUGGUGUCCAUCAACGCGGACAACGGGCAGCUGUUCGCCCUGAGGGCGCUGGAUUACGAGGCCCUGCGGGUCUUGGAGUUCGGCGUGGGCGCCGCGGACCGCGGCUCCCCGGCGCUGAGCAGCCAGGCGCUGGUGCGCGUGCUGGUGCUGGACGCCAACGACAACUCGCCCUUCGUGCUGUACCCGCUGCAGAACGGCUCUGCGCCCUGCACCGAGCUGGUGCCCAGGGCGGCCGAGCCGGGCUACCUGGUGAGCAAGGUGGUGGCGGUGGACGGCGACUCGGGCCAGAACGCCUGGCUGUCGUACCAGCUGCUCAAGGCCACGGAGCCCGGGCUGUUCAGCGUGUGGGCGCACAACGGCGAGGUGCGCACGGCGCGGCUGCUGAGCGAGCGCGACGCGGCCAAGCACAGGCUGCUGGUGCUGGUCAAGGACAAUGGCGAGCCGCCGCUGUCGGCCAGCGUCACGCUGCACGUGCUGCUGGUGGACGGCUUCUCGCAGCCCUACCUGCCGCUCCCGGAAGCGGCUGCCGACGCGGCCCAGGCCGACCCGCUCACCGUCUACCUGGUCAUCGCGCUGGCGUCGGUGUCGUCGCUCUUCCUGUUCUCGGUGCUGGCGUUCGUCGCGGUGCGGCUGUGCAGGAGGAAUAGGGCCUCCUGGGUGGGUGGCUGCUCGGUGCCUGAGGGCCACUUCCCGGGCCACCUGGUGGACGUCAGCGGCACGGGGACCCUGUCCGAGAGCUACAAGUAUGAAGUGUAUCUGAGGGGAGGCUCAGGGACCAGCGAGUUGAAGUUUCUGAAGCCUAUCGUGCCCAAUUCCCAAGGCAAUUACCUUGCGUCAGAAAUAGAAGAAAACCCCAGCUUUAGAAAUGACUUUAGUUUCAGUAUUCAGGGACAAUAAUUCUUUAUCAUAUUCCAAAUAUUUAAAAUUGAUUAGUUCAAGGUGAUGGAUUUUCAGUCAAUCUAUUAUGAAUUUUUCAAUUACACUAAACUUGCUGGAAAUUUUCUGAUAUUCCAUCAUUUUAAAGAAUGGUAUUUUGUUUGUUUUUCCAUUACUAUAACAAGAUGAAUGGUCCUUAGUUUUGCCUCUCAAAAGACUGAUGAAAUCAAUAGUUCAAAUGCUGAAUCUGGAAUAGCUUAUGAAUUAUUAGAGGUAAAACAGUUAAAAGUUAAUUCUAUAUGUGAUUAAAUUUCCUUGAGCUUUUAAAUUUUUCAUUAGUUUUUAAACCAUUAGGUAUAUAAGAGCAGUAAUACAUUAACACUUAUGGGGAAGUAUGCCUAACCAGGAAGGAAAGAGAACUGGUACCAUGAGAAUUUGGGUCUUGCUUUAUUCUGUUCUCAUAGCAGUUAUCUUUGCUAUUGUUUUCUCUUAAAAUGUUAUAUUGAUGGUGCUUCCUUUCAUUAAUAUACCAGUGUUAAUUUUAAUAUAAUCAUUUUGAUUGUUUUCCUUUAGUUUCAUUGGUGUUCAAAGGAGAGAGUAAGCUACACUGUAUUUAUCCUGUGAGAUGAAAUAGCAUAGUAGUGAAACCGGCUUUUCCCUCUUGGGAAACACAGAGCAUCUGUGACAGAAAAUGCAGUGGCCACCCAAUACCCAUUCAUUUUUUCUUCUUUAAUAACUGACUUUAGAUUUCACUAAAGGCAUUAGUGUGCUUAUUCAAAAGAAUACAUUUUGCCAACCUCCUUAGCAGCCAGAACGGGGCAUUUGACCAGGGUUUAGUCAAUGACAUGUAUAUACAAAUAUUGUAGAAGACUUCCAAGAAAUCUGUUUAGGGGAGAUAACUCAUCCAGGAAUAGGUCCUUUUUUGUCUUUCUCUAACUGUUCUUUGCUGCUUAUAAAUUGUAAGUCAUAGUUGGAACACAGCCAGCCAUGUUGGGCCAUAAAGCAACACUAAGGAUUGAAAUAAUAGACGAAGAACGACCAUAUAGAAUAAAUUUUUAAACGAUGAGGGUCCUUGAUGAUCACAGAGUCAUUAUGUCAUCCUGAAUUUCUUCUUCUGAACUUUUUUACUCGGUAAAUAAAGGAACUUCUAUCUCAUUUAAGCCACUAUCUUUUUAGUUUUGUGCCCCCCUCCAGUGGAAUCUAAUCCUAAUGCUUUAAUAUUAAGAUUUUUCAUUAAACUAUUGUAUAAUAAGUAAAAUGCGCAGAUCUUAAGUGUAUAGUUUGAUCUAACUGAUCUUUUUAAGCUUUCGUUUCUUGAUUUCUAAUUUAGUUAAAAGUCAUGUACAGAGUGCUUUACAUUUGUCAUCUUUUUAAUCCUCUGCCAAACCUUAAGGGAGUUGGCAUAUUAUACCCUCUUUUACAUAUGAAAAACUGAAGCUAAGAAAGGUGAAGUAAAUUGCUUGAAAUUCUGCACAGUAAAAGGAAAAUUUUGAAAUAUAUCCUCAGUCUACUUGAAUUGAAUGCCGCAGUUCUUAACUCAUAUGCUAUAAUGGCAAGCGUUAACUGGUAGCAUUGUCUUCCUAACAAAGGAAGUGAAAUCCAUCUAUUCCAUGAACUGAACUCCUAUGUAGAAAUGUGACUAUUGUUCUAUAGUGUGUAUUUGUUUCUAUAUCAAUGGCCACACUGUUCUGGACCAAUAAACCCAAAGUUCUUAUAGAAGCACUGACCUACAUAAGCUAGUUCAGGUACCACAAUUAAUCUUCAACACAAGUGAAUCAGCUGAUUAUCUUUCUGUACAUUUUCAACAUAUUACAUUCAUUAUUGCCGAAACAAAUGCCUUGAAUAGGCAUUUGUUUAUUCGUCUAUUAUUUCAAUCCUUAGUGUUGCUUUAUCCUAUAGUUGUAUUUCUUGAAUUUCUUUUACUAUACCUUCAGUCUUUUUCUGUCAUCCCUAAAACAUACUUUUCAUUUUCUUUGGAAAGUUGAAACUUGCUUUAUUAUACAGAUAUUUGUAAGUCCCUUAUUCAAAUUAAAUAUGCUGUUGUCAUUUUAGUUUACCAUUUAUUUGAAAGCAGUUGCUAUCUUAGUAUUAAUUAUAAAUUAAAUAACUAACUUCAGAAAAGUAUCAACAAUAUUGUGGAGGAAUUUUUAUCACUAAAUAAUUUAGAGAUUCUGGAAAUUUAUGGGAAAAUGAUAGGUUCCUAUUACUUUCUGUUAUAAUUAACAAUAUUUUUUGGCAACUCCUCUUUAAAAGUAUGCUGAAAAAAAAAAUGUCUAGGGUCACGAAUGACUUUCUUCUGAAAGAAUGGCUCACCAGAACUGAAUCAGACAUUCUUCAGCAUUUGCUCUGAUAAUACUAUUCUUAUAGAUUGGUAAAUCUAUAAGCUGCUGGGUGCAUGAGAAUCUAUGUUUGUGUUUUGUAUCCGUUUUCUAUUGCUGCUAUAAAAUAAUUACCACAUAUGUAGUUGCUUAAAACAAUAAAAAUGUAUUACCUUAUA